AACGCAACUACCAACUAGUCAGCUUGCACAUUUGAUUGUAUUUUGAGAAAUAAGGAAAGUUCGAAAGUUUGGUUAGGAUUUGAUAAAGUAGGCGAUGGGUGCCUACACAAGUCAGUUGAGAUAUUUAUUAUCUUAUUAGGGUAUGCAUUUAUCUGCUUAUAAAAGGCAAAACAGGUCGGCUCCACCUCAAGAAAUUCCCCUUGUUAUGAGUUCUGAUGAAAGAGACUUUGAAGCGGAUGAAACUGACUAUCUUCUUCAGUCCCCAAAUAAUAGUCACAGAAUGAACGGUAACCGUCCGAGAAGAGCCAGGAAUUUGAAAAACUUAUUUUUUACACUGACAUGUGGGUGCUGUCAGUGGGUGUGGCGCAGAUGUUGUCGGGAACGGGAGCUGAGGGCUCGGACCAUCGUCAUUGGCCGCCCUAGCCCUGAGAAGUUUCCCGCAAAUGUCAUUAGAAACCAGAAGUACAACAUUAUAACUUUCCUCCCUAAAGUACUGUUCCAGCAAUUUAAAUUCUUCCUUAACCUCUAUUUCCUUCUGAUGGCCAUCAGUCAGUUUGUCCCAGAAUUGAGGUUGGGAUUCCUCUACACGUACUGGGGACCACUGUGCUUUGUUCUGAUUGUGACCAUCUGCCGAGAGGCGAUAGAUGACCUUAGGCGACACAAAAGAGAUCAGGAAGUGAACAAUCAGAAGUACAAGCGACUGGUGCGUUCCAGAGAGGGAAUGGUGUCAACAGAGAUGGUCCCAGCGUCUAAACUGAAGGUUGGAGAUUUGAUAAUUGUAGAGAAGGACCAACGCGUGCCGGCUGAUCUGGUUCUCCUGCGUACAACAGAGCGUGCAGGUGCAUGUUUUGUGCGCACCGAUCAGCUGGAUGGUGAGACAGACUGGAAGUUGAGGCUGGCUGUCCCUGACACUCAAAAACUUGAGAGCAAUGCCAAACUGUUUGAGAUUCAUGCCUCGUUGUUUGCUGAGAAACCUCAGCGAGAUAUUCACAGUUUCAUCGGGACUUUUACUCGUCAUGAUGGCAGUGGGGAGGAGAGUCUAGAUGUGGAGAACACUCUCUGGACCAAUUGUGUGGUGGCCUCGGGUACAGCACUGGGAGCAGUGGUGUACACAGGCCAGGAGACCCGCAGUGUGAUGAACAACUGCCAGCCUCGCAGUAAGGUGGGGCUGCUGGAUAUGGAGAUCAAUCAGCUCACUAAGGUGUUGUUUGGUGCUGUGAUUGGCCUCGCCUUUGUUCUCAUGUGUCUCAAAGGCUUCCAGGGUCCAUGGUACAGAUACAUGUUCCGCUUUGUGCUGCUCUUCUCCUACAUCAUCCCUAUCAGUUUGAGAGUGAAUUUGGACAUGGGAAAAGCAUUCUACUCUUGGUCCAUGCAAAGAGAUAAGGAGAUGCCAGAGACUGUUGUCAGGUGCACCACAAUCCCUGAGGAACUGGGUCGCAUAUCUUACCUACUCAGUGAUAAAACAGGCACGCUCACACAAAACUCAAUGGUGUUUAAACGGCUGCACCUGGGUACUGGCUCUUAUUCCACCGAAUCAUUUGAUCAGGUACGCGAGAAAGUAAUGCAGACAUAUGCAACACCGGCCGACUCCAGUUCUCCCACGAAACCGACUGCGCUACCCCUUGCUAAGACCAGACGUAGUGAGCACUCAAGGGUCCAGGAAGCAGUGAAGGCUGUGGCUUUAUGUCAUAAUGUCACACCUGUAUGGGAGCCCUGUGACGACACCCAGUCCGAAGCUGACCAGCACUACAAUAUCGAGCGGCAGACCCAUAGCGUUGUCUACCAGGCUUCCAGCCCUGAUGAGGUAGCACUUGUAAAAUGGACUGAAGAAGUGGGGCUUGCUUUGGAAAAGAGAGAUUUAGUUUCAAUACAACUCCGAACACCAAACAACAAGAUUUUGGACUUUUCAAUCCUGCAAGUCUUCCCUUUCACAUCUGAGACCAAACGAAUGGGGAUUAUAGUUAAGGAUACAACAACCGGCGAGAUCACAUUCUACUUGAAAGGGGCGGAUGUGGUGAUGUCUGGCAUUGUGCAGUACACUGACUGGCUGGACGAGGAAUGUGGCAACAUGGCACGUGAGGGCUUGCGUACACUCGUUGUGGCCAAGAAAUCUCUCACUGAGGAACAGUACCUUGACUUUGAUACAAGGUACAACGCAGCCCGCAUGGCUAUAGCAGACAGAGGCUCUCGAGUCUCAGCUGUGGUGGAGAGCCUGGAAAGAGAGAUGGAACUACUGUGUGUGACAGGAGUCGAGGACAAACUACAAGACAAAGUGCGCACAACACUUGAGCUUCUUCGUAAUGCUGGAAUCAAGGUGUGGAUGUUAACUGGAGAUAAGUUGGAGACUGCCACUUGUAUCGCCAAGAGUAGUCGACUGGUUUCACGCACGCAGGAUCUGUACGUGUUUGCACCUGUCGUCACUCGCACGGACGCGCAUCAACAACUCAAUUCUUUCAGAAAGAAACAGGACUGUGCCCUCGUCAUUACUGGAGACUCAUUAGAGGUGUGCCUGCAGUAUUACCAAGUAGAGUUGUUGGAGCUGGCAUGCCGCAGUCCUGCAGUGGUGUGUUGCAGAUGUUCCCCCACACAGAAGGCUCAGGUGGUGCGACUGAUACAGCAACACACCGGCAAGCGUGUGGCAGCCGUGGGUGAUGGUGGCAAUGAUGUUAGCAUGAUACAGGCUGCAGACACAGGUAUUGGUAUAGCAGGACUUGAGGGCCGACAAGCCAGUCUUGCUGCUGAUUUUUCCAUUACUCAGUUCUCACAUCUGUCUCGACUUCUGCUAGUCCAUGGUCGAUAUAGCUACAAGCGCUCGGCUUCACUCAGUCAGUUCGUCAUCCAUCGUGGUCUGAUCAUUUCCAUCAUGCAGGCCAUCUUCUGCACUGUCUUCUACUUUUCCUCCAUUUCUCUCUACCCAGGCUACCUCAUGGUUGGAUAUGCCACAAUUUACACCAUGUUUCCUGUGUUCUCACUGGUGCUAGACAAAGAUGUAUCAGACAAGAUUGCCCUCACCUAUCCAGAACUCUACAAAGAACUAAGCAAGGGCCGUUCUCUCUCUUAUAAAACAUUCUUUAUGUGGGUACUCAUCAGUAUUUAUCAAGGAGGUGUUAUCAUGUAUGGUGCCCUGUUUCUAUUUGAAGAUGAAUUUAUCCAUGUGGUGGCCAUCAGCUUCACGGCUCUGAUCCUCACAGAGUUGAUCAUGGUAGCACUGACUGUGCGCACCUGGCAUUAUCUCAUCAUACUGGCUGAGGUCUUCUCCUUGGGGCUCUACGUGCUUUCGCUAGUCAUUCUAAAAGACACUUUUGAUGCACAAUUCAUCAAGACAGGAGAUUUCCUGUGGAAGACAACAGCAAUCACCCUCGUGUCCUGCAUGCCUCUUUACAUCAUCAAAUUCCUCAGGAAAAAAUUCUCCCCUCCCAGUUAUUCCAAAUUGUCGUAAUGAUGUCAGUGCUUCUGUUGAUAAUUACAUUUCAUUAUACAAGCCCUCCUUAAUUUAUUUUUAGAAGUCUAAUAUUGUAGAUUAUAAGAUGUUGAGUAUACUUUAUACAUUGCACAUAUUACGCUGAUAAUUUCUUGUAAUUCUUAAGCCCUUAUAAAAAUCUGUGAUUAUUUUCUCAUUAAUGUUAAAUAUGGUGUUUAUCAAUGUAUACAUUAAUGUUAUGCUUUAUGAGUAUGUUUUAGAUAAACGAAAUAAAGUAUUUUUAACUAA